UCAUUGGUCGACGGCAACAGCGCUCGACCAAUGAGCUUCUACAUUGUACCAGCGUCACCAAAUUUGAAGAAGAGUAAUCUGGAGGUUUUUAAUAUUUACCAAAAAUAUCAAUCGUGAAGCAUUACACUAGGACUUGACAAGGGUGGCCAAACGUAUAAGGCUGUAAGAUGGCCUCACGCCCAAGCACCCGAGAUUUGGUAACUCGAUCCCUGGCCAACAAAAAUGGAACAGGCUUGAAGAUUCAGAAUGAAAACUCCAACCUUCCACCAGUGCCAGGAAAGAACAAUUCAUCAAAAUUUCUUCGUAGCACUACAAACAGAAUGUUGGGGCUGAAACGCAAGGCUGAGGCUGCCCCUGAUGAUGAGAAGGCUACCAAGAAACGAUCAGCAUUUGGAGAUCUUACAAAUGCAAUUGAAAAGAAAAUAAUUGAUGGCAAGAAGGUUGCGACACAGAAAGGAAGGGUGGUGCGAAAUGGAUCUACAAAGUCUCUGCGCAAGGUGGUCAAGCCACCCACUAAAAACCCAGUCCAGACAUUAUCCUUGAAGGUUACAACAAAAGAACCUGGUCCAGUCAUCAAGGUAGACCAAGCAAAGGAGUUGUCAUUCUGCGAUUCUCUUCCCAGUUCCCAAGAAUCCAACAAGACAGAUCUAGAUGACUCUGCUGCAUAUGUAACAGCUUCUGAAGGAAGGUACAGCGUAUCCAAAGCUUCUCUUCAAUCUACUGACAUAGGCUGUAGUAGCGUCCCUGUUGUAACCAAACCUCCAACCAAGGUGUUGGUGGAAGACAAACCUAAGUUACCAGAAGGAGUGGAGGACUAUGACAAGGAGAUGGAAAAUGACCCUUUUGCUGUGUCCAACUAUGCUCAUGAUAUUUUUAAUUACUACAAAGAAAGGGAGAGUAAAUUCACAAUUGGGAGGUACAUUGAGCGACAACCAGAUGUAUCCAGGAGCAUGAGAUCUAUUUUGGUUGACUGGAUGGUUGAGGUGCAGGAAUCAUUUGAACUAAACCAUGAGACACUCUACCUUGCUGUGAAGAUAGUGGACCUGUACCUGGCAGAAGUUGUGAUUAAGCGUGAUGCCUUGCAGUUAAUUGGAUCUACAGCUUUGUUCAUUGCUUGUAAAUUUGAUGAAAGAACCCCGCCUUAUGUUGACGACUUCCUGUAUAUCUGUGAUGAUGCCUACAAGAGGAAGGAACUCAUUUGUAUGGAGAUAAAGAUUCUUCAAACUGUUGGCUUUGACUUGGGAGUACCACUUUCCUAUAGAUUCCUCCGGAGAUAUGCCAGGUGUUCCAAGGUGAGCAUGGAGGACCUCACCUUCACUCGCUACAUCCUAGAGAUGGGUCUCAUGGAUUAUGAACUGAUAGAUUCAUCAGAUUCUGCCCUUGCUGCUGCUGCUCUUUUACUGACUAGAAUUAUAAGAGGAGACUCCACUUGGCCCCCCACACUACAGUAUUACUCAGGAUACCAGCUAGAGGAUCUGUACCACCUGGUUCACAUGCUCCACAGCAUGAUCUGCCAGCCACCAAAAGAGCACCUCAAAACUAUCAGGAAUAAAUACUCUCACAAGGUCUUCUUUGAAGUGGCAAAAAUUCCCAUUCCAGAGAAGUUGGAUUUCUAAUGCCUGUGGAACCAACUGGAGAUUGUACAGAUAUUUAUAGUCAGAUUUCGUGAUUGUGGACCUGGCUUAAUGGUCUAUUGAGUGACACUCUCUGUGGAGAGUGAUAUUGAGUCAUGGAAGAUGAUAUGGUGAUCACUAGUACAGAUGGUAUUUUAAGUGUGUGUUCUCAGUCUGCCAUGAUAUCCUGAACUUUUAACUUAAGCUUGUAGCUGUAAGUAAAUGACUUCUUUUACCACUUUGUUUCGCGUACCAAUUCUUGGUACUACUGUUAUUUUUUAUAUGCACAUUUAUAACUCUUAGCUAUUGAAUAUUGUAGAUAUACUGUAAAUAUAUCCGAUUUAGUUGAAGUAUUUUUUAAGGACUUUAGAUCAGAUGCUCAUUUCAUAUUUUCUAGAUAUGUCUUUGUGUUCUGGUACUGAAUUAAAUUUACAAUUUUAUGAUAUAGGACAACUUCCAAAGAUUAUUAUCACUGUUUUAUGCAAUGGGCACUUGGAUAAAAAAUCUAUUAAAUGAGAAGAUUUAAA